CUGGCUGGGCGCCUUGGGGGCCGCGGCGGCGCGGCUUCUAGUCCCCCUUUCUCGCGUUUCCCGCCUUAGCCGGGUCGAGGCUUGAGACUUCCCAGUGGAGUCCGCUUGGUGGCCCUGCCUGCGCCUCGAUCAACGGCACGGCGCCCACGAGACUGUCCCACUAGCUGCCCUGUCGGAGGCGAGGUACUUCGCUGCUUUCCUCAUUCCUUUCCUUCUGCUGCUCUUUGGCAACCGGAUCCCAUGCUGGGCUUUGGGAAGAGCUGCGCUGCUCUGCCGCCUCCUUCGCCCUGGUGAGGCGCUGUGGGGAGCCGCUCUGGUCGGAAGGAGGAGACAGCGCCUGGCUCCUGCGGGUUUCGGGCCGGUGCCCUGCUGCGGUAGCCCCCCACCGGAGCUGCAGCCAUGGGGCUGCAGCCCUUGGAGUUCAGCGAUUGCUACCUGGACAGCCCCUGGUUCCGUGAGAGGAUCCGAGCGCACGAAGCGGAGCUGGAAAAAACCAACAAGUUCAUCAAGGAGCUGAUCAAGGAUGGCAAGAGCCUCAUCGUCGCCACCAAGAACCUUUCAGCUGCCCAAAGAAAGUUUGCCCACUCACUGAGAGAGUUUAAAUUUGAAUUUAUUGGUGAUGCAGAAACAGAUGAUGAGCGAUGUAUAGAUGCAUCCCUCCAUGAAUUUUCUAACUUUCUGAAAAAUUUAGAAGAGCAAAGAGAAAUAAUGGCACUUAGUGUUACUGAAACUCUUAUCAAACCUCUGGAAAGGUUCAGAAAAGAGCAACUUGGAGCUGUCAAGGAAGAAAAGAAGAAGUAUGAUAAAGAAACAGAGAAGAACUACAGUUUAUUAGACAAGCAUUUAAGUAUGUCAGCAAAGAAGAAAGAAACACAGCUAUUGGAGGCAGACAAUCAAGUGGAACAAAAUCGAAAGCAUUUUUAUGAGCUGUCACUUGAAUACAUAUGUAAGCUACAAGAGAUGCAAGAACGAAAGAAAUUUGAGUUUGUAGAACCUGUCCUGUCAUUUUUUCAGGGCAUAUUCACUUUCUACCAUCAAGGCUAUGAGCUUGCCAAAGAUUUUAACCACUACAAAAUGGCUUUGCAGAUCAAUAUCCAGAAUACAAGAAAUCGUUUUGAAGGAACAAGGUCAGAAGUGGAAGAGCUUAUGAACAAAAUCAGGCGAAAUCCACUGGAACAGAAAAGAGCUAAUCAGUUUACAAUGGAAGGCUACCUUUAUGUGCAGGAGAAAAGACCUGCCCCAUUUGGUUCCAGCUGGGUAAAGCAUUACUGCAUGUACAAGAAGGAGACCAAGAAGUUCACUAUGAUACCAUUUGAGCACAGGUCAGGUGGGAAAAUUGGUGAGGUGGAAGUGUUUCUCCUAAAAUAUUGUACCAAAAGGUAUACUGAUACCAUAGAUAGGCGAUUCUGUUUUGACCUAGAAGUAAUAGACAGAUCAGCUAUGCCUGUGACUGUACAAGCAUGCUCAGAAGAGGACAGAAAUAUGUGGCUGGAAGCUUUAGAUGGAAAAGAAGCUGUAUUGCUGACAAAUUUGAACAGAGCUAAUGCAAAAAGAGAAGGAAGUGCACAGUUGGAUAAGAUUGGGUUCACUAUUCUCAGAAAGUGCAUCAGUGCUGUUGAAACUCGAGGUAUAAAUGACCAAGGAUUGUACAGAGUUGUGGGGGUGAGUUCAAAGGUCCAGAGGCUACUGAAUUUGUUGAUGGACACAAAAACAUGUAAUGAAGUUGAUCUGGAAAAUUCAGUGGAAUGGGAAGUGAAGACAAUAACCAGUGCAAUGAAACAGUACUUGAGAAGUCUUCCAGAGCCAUUAAUGACAUAUGAUCUGCAUGGAGAAUUCAUCAUUCCUGUCAAAAGUGGUAGCCCUGAGUCCCGUGUUAAUGGUAUACACUUUUUGGUCCAUAAACUUCCAGAGAAGAACAAAGAAAUGCUGGAUAUUUUGGUGAAACACUUAGCAAUUGUUUCAAGCCAUGCCAAGAAGAAUCUAAUGACUGUAGCAAAUUUAGGAGUAGUGUUUGGACCAACACUAAUGAGGCCACAGGAAGAAACUGUGGCUGCCCUCAUGGACCUGAAGUUUCAGAAUAUUGUAGUGGAGAUUCUAAUCGAAAACCAUGACAAGAUUUUCCAAACUCUGCCUGAUGCCACUCUUUCUGAGCCAAUCUCUGUGUCAGUGUCCCCUCCAAAUGCCCCACCACGACAAUCAAGAAGACAAGGGCAACGUAAUAAGAGGCCUGUUGCUGUAUAUAAUCUCUGUCUUGAGCUGGAUGACAGUGACAGUCUGAGCCCUCCCAAAGAAUGCACUCCCACUGGUAGCACGGAUUCAUUGUCUUCUCAGUCUCCUACAGCUGCCAUCCCAAGCAGCCCUUCAGAGAUGGAAAAGAAUAAUCUUAUAACAGAAAGUGGUGACAUAACAGACUGGGCAGUCAAUCUCCCCAGCCAGACUCAUUCGUCAAUGGUUUCCUGGAUGAAUGUGCAGUCAAGUACAGCACCUACCUCAGUAACACCAAUACCAACAUCUUUCUCUUUCCCCUGUCCUGCCGGAGAAACUGACAGACCAGCUGGAGGUAUUGUCAGCAGAAAAGCAAGAGCAGUCUAUCCAUGUGAAGCAGAACAUAGCUCCGAAUUAUCUUUUCAAAUUGGGGCAGUUUUUGAAGAUGUGCAUUUUUCUCGAGAACCUGGAUGGCUAGAAGGGACUCUGAAUGGGAAGAAAGGACUUAUUCCACAGAACUAUGUCCAAUUUAUUUAGUUCUCUGUGUCUAAUGUACAAAAAGUGUACAUGGUAUCCAUGGAUUUUUGAUACAGUGAUUUCUCUUGGCUUAAAAUGCUUUUUAUCAGCGAAGAACCUGACAAUGAGAUAAAGACCUUCAUCCUUGUAAAAACCUAACACUUUGCCAAAUUGGAAUUACACAGCUGUGACUGAUGCAAUUUUAUAAGGAUGGGAAGGGUGUGUUAAUUUUAUAAAUUUGUAAAGAAUAGUAACUAUCUAUAUAUGUUUGCAAAAUAGCUUGAAUUUUAAAGCAAAGACUUGGUUGGUUUGUUAAUCAGCCACCAGUUAAAAGAAGAUUGUAAAAAUGUUCACUCUGUUCUUAUAUUCUUAAAGCUUGAGAUAUUUGAAACAUUCUCUGGUUACAAAAAAAAAAUCACUAAACUCUUGGGAAAGGCUGCGUAUAUUGACAAUUUAUUAGCUUAUUUAAAUGGUGCAAUUGUUGUGAUUUCAAGAGGUGUCCAGUGUUAAUUGUCAGUUAAUUCUCUUUAUUUUGAAAGAGCUUGAAAAAUUGUCAUUCAUUGAAACCCAGACAGGGGGUGGGGGGGGUGUAACACCACUUUCAAAUGUCUCUAGUGAACAUACAGGUGUAUAAAACAGACAUGGCUUCACUGGUAAUCUAUUUUAAAAACCUAGACACACUGAUGAGCUUUUGGCUCCUUGGAUAUUCUACUCAAAACUGAAUGUAAACAAAACUAAAAUAAUUUUAGUUGCUAGUAAUUUGAUAACAAUCUUUUGUGAUGUGGAAAGUGUUAAUCCUGUUGUAUCUUGCUAUUCUGAAAGUCAGUGUUACUUAAGCCCAAACUAGAUGUAACAUGUGGUUAUGGAACUCUUCUGUUUUUGUUGUUGUUUCAAAGAGUCAAAAGAAGCCCCAGAAAACUGAUAGUUUAAGUAGGGGAACUGGUGGUGGUGGUGAAGAUAGAAGCUGCUUCCCUCCAGCUGUUUUUCUUGUCCCAAACUCUCCCUUCCCAAGCUGCUUUGCAUGUAUAGGGUGCCUCAGUACCCCUCAGUACAUGAGAAAGUAGCUGGAAGUAGAUAGUUAGGCAAGCAGCCUGGGGGGAAGAAGUAAGCAGACUCUCUCCCACCCUCCCUCAGCUUUUCAACAGCUUUCCACCCCCUUCCUCUGCAUAAACUUGCCACCUCUUUUUAAAUCAAA